AUGCGCUUGACGUCGAGCUAUGCCCUGCUUGCGGCUAGCUUAGCCCAGGCACAAACACAAUAUCUCGUCAACGAGCUUAGUUUUGGCCACAGCCACAGGAUAAGUCCCGAGGGGACACAGUCGAUACCGAACUUUUCCCUCCAAGGCCGGCCCAACGUGCCCGAACUACUCUCGGACAAGGUCAUCCUUACCCCCGUAGCGCCGGGAAACCAGCGUGGUGCCGUCUGGGCCGACAAGUCGCUGCAGAACCAAAACUGGAUUGCGGAUGUCGAGUUUCGCGCCAAUGGCCCGGAGCGGGCCGGGGGCAACCUGAAUAUCUGGCUGGUGAGGGACGGCGCGCACGUUGUCGGGUCCGACAGCGUCUACUCGGCGGGGAAGUUUGAGGGGCUGGGCCUGGUGAUUGACCAGCACAGCGGGUCCGGCGGCAUGCUGCGCGGCUUCCUCAACGACGGGACGACCGACUACAAGAACAACCACAACGUGGACAGCCUGGCCUUUGCCCAGUGCAGCUUCACCUACCGCAACCUGGGCCGCCCGACCCAGAUCAAGCUGCGGCACACCGAGAGCAAGUUCAGCGUCGAGGUGGCCGGCCGGCACUGCUUCGACACCGAUAAGGUCCGCAUCCCGAGCGGCUACAACUUUGGCAUCUCGGCCGCCUCCGCCGACAACCCGGACUCGUUUGAGGUCUUCAAGCUGGCGGUGCUCACCACCAACGAGACCCCCCAACAGGACUCCAACAACAACGGCAACAACAAUAACAAUAACAAGCCGCGCAUGAACUUCGGCCGGAGCGGCCAGUCUGCCAUCGAAGACCCCUACGACAACGUGAUCCCGGAUCAGGAAGCUGAGAAGAUCACGUCGUCCAAGGAGCAGUUCGCGGACCUACACAACCGGCUGCAAUCCAUCAACCACCACCUCUCGACCAUCUUCCGGUCGAUCGGGCAGAACGCGGGCGUAGGCGAGCAGCGGCACUCGGAACUGUCCUCCAUGGUGGGCGAACUACGCAGCCUGAUGGGCCGGCUCGAGAAGGUGGACGUGAUGGAGGGGCGGCUGCGCGACAUCGAGACGGAGAUGCGCGGCCUGCGCACCGAGAUGGCCGGACGCCUGCGCGACUCGGAGAACGCCAUCAAGUACCACGUCAACGACAAGCACGAGUCCCUCGCCGAGAACGUCAAGUCCCACGCCAAGUCCGGACACAACAGGCUACUGUGGGUCGUCAUCGGCAGCCAGCUGGUGUUGGUGGCUGGGUUUACCUACUAUAAGAGGAAGAAAACGUCGCCGAAGAAGUAUCUGUAG